AUGCUCCCUCCGCAUCCCCGAAGGCCGCCAUUUUGCGGGGCGGAGAAACCGCAGGAACGGCCGCAAAGGCUCCACGGGAUGUUGACAGGCUUCUGCUUCUCUUGGCAGCCCUGUGGGACCGGGACAGAAGAACCCACCGCGGCCACUCCUCCGGCUGCCUCUCCGGCAUGAGGCCUCAGCUCUCCCGCCGCACGGACCCCUUCCUCCAGCAGAGCUUAAGGAGAGGCCUAAGCCGAGACCAUGCCUGGGAAGCUGAAGGUGAAAAUCGUGGCCGGGCGCCAUUUGCCAGUGAUGGACCGAGCUAGUGACCUGACUGACGCCUUCGUGGAGGUAAAAUUUGGUAAUACUACUUUUAAAACAGAUGUAUAUCUCAAAUCCCUCAACCCUCAGUGGAACUCGGAAUGGUUUAAAUUUGAGGUGGAUGAUGAAGAUUUACAAGAUGAACCUCUACAGAUCACAGUUCUUGACCACGAUACUUAUAGUGCAAAUGAUGCCAUUGGUAAAGUGUACAUUGAUAUCGAUCCUUUACUCUACAGUGAAGCUGCAACAGUCAUUUCAGGAUGGUUUCCAAUUUAUGAUACCAUACAUGGUAUUCGUGGGGAAAUCAAUGUAGUUGUCAAAGUAGACCUCUUUAAUGAUUUAAAUCGAUUUAGGCAGUCAUCAUGUGGAGUCAAAUUCUUUUGCACAACAUCUAUUCCAAAGUGCUAUAGAGCUGUAAUAAUUCAUGGAUUUGUAGAAGAACUUGUGGUCAAUGAAGACCCAGAAUAUCAAUGGAUUGAUCGAAUUCGUACACCAAGGGCAUCAAAUGAGGCCAGACAGAGACUCAUUUCUUUAAUGUCAGGUGAACUGCAGAGGAAGAUUGGCUUGAAAGUGCUUGAGAUGAGAGGAAAUGCAGUUGUUGGGUAUUUACAAUGUUUUGAUCUAGAAGGCGAAUCUGGUUUAGUGGUACGAGCCAUAGGAACAGCGUGUACACUGGAUAAAUUAAGUAGCCCAGCAGCAUUCCUUCCUGCAUGUAAUUCCCCAUCCAAAGAAAUGAAGGAGAUUCCCUUCAAUGAAGAUCCCAACCCCAAUACUCACUCAUCAGGACCCUCCACCCCUCUGAAAAACCAAACUUAUUCCUUUUCACCUUCCAAGUCCUACAGUCGACAGUCCUCUUCUUCUGACACAGAUUUGAGUUUGACACCCAAAACUGGAAUGGGAAGUGGUAGUGCUGGAAAAGAAGGGGGGCCAUUUAAAGCUCUUUUACGACAACAGACUCAGUCAGCAUUGGAACAAAGGGAAUUUCCCUUUUUCACCUUGACGGCGUUUCCUCCUGGAUUUCUUGUGCAUGUCGGGGGUGUUGUUAGUGCACGCUCUGUGAAGCUUUUGGAUCGGAUCCACAAUCCUGAUGAACCAGAAACUCGCGAUGCGUGGUGGGCAGAAAUCAGACAAGAAAUAAAAUCACAUGCUAAAGCAUUAGGCUGUCAUGCUGUAGUGGGCUACAGUGAAUCAACUAGCAUCUGUGAAGAGGUCUGUAUUUUAUCUGCAUCUGGCACGGCAGCUGUACUGAACCCUAGAUUUCUGCAGGAUGGCACCGUGGAGAGCUGUUUGGAACAGAGGCUAGAAGAAAACUUGCCUGCAGGCUGUGGAUUUUGCCAUAUACCAUAUGAUGAACUGAAUAUGCCAUUUCCAGCUCAUCUCACAUACUGCUAUAACUGCAGGAAACAAAAAGUUCCUGAUGUUCUCUUUACAACUAUAGACCUCCCAAUAGAUGCAACAGUUAUUGGAAAAGGUUGUCUUAUUCAAGCAAGGUUAUGUCGCUUAAAAAAGAAGGCACAGGCAGAAGCAAACGCCACUGCUAUCAGUAAUCUGUUGCCAUUCAUGGAAUAUGAAGUGCAUACUCAGCUGAUGAAUAAACUAAAACUCACAGGGAUGAAUGCUUUAUUUGGACUGAGAAUACAGAUCACAGUGGGUGAGAACAUGUUGAUGGGCUUAGCGUCGGCCACAGGUGUAUAUUUAGCAGCAUUACCAAUGCCUGGUGGAAUUCAGAUUGCUGGGAAGACUCCUAAUGAUGGCUCCUACGAACAGCACAUAUCUCAUAUGCAAAAGAAGAUAAAUGACACAAUUGCUAAGAAUAAGGAGUUAUAUGAAAUCAAUCCUCCAGAGAUAUCUGAAGAGAUUAUAGGAUCGCCCAUCCCAGAACCUCGACAACGCUCGAGGCUUUUAAGAUCUCAAUCAGAAAGCUCUGAUGAAGUUACAGAAUUGGACCUUUCACAUGGGAAAAAAGAUGCUUUUGUUUUGGAGAUUGAUGACACAGAUGCUAUGGAAGAUGUACAUUCUCUCCUUACCGAUGUUCCUCCUCCUUCAGGCUUUUAUAGUUGCAAUACAGAAAUUAUGCCUGGCAUAAAUAAUUGGACAUCUGAAAUACAGAUGUUCACAUCAGUAAGAGUAAUCCGAUUAAGCAGCCUUAACCUGACUAAUCAAGCGCUCAAUAAGAACUUUAAUGAUCUCUGUGAAAAUUUACUCAAGAGCCUGUAUUUUAAACUACGGUCUAUGAUUCCCUGCUGCCUUUGCCAUGUAAAUUUUACAGUAUCUCUGCCUGAAGAUGAAUUAAUUCAGGUUACAGUCACAGCAGUUGCAAUAACUUUUGACAAAAAUCAGGCUUUACACACCACAAAAGCACAUGUUGAAAAGUCAUUGCAAAGAGCCUCUACAGAUAAUGAAGAACUUCUGCAGUUUCCACUGGAACUCUGUUCAGAUUCACUUCCCUCUCAUCCUUUUCCACCAGCUAAAGAACACCUGGAGAGUGCAAGUUCUAACUCAGGUAUACCAGCUGCACAGAGAGCAACGUCAGUUGAUUACAGUUCCUUUGCAGACAGAUGCAGCAGCUGGAUAGAGCUCAUUAAACUGAAAGCUCAGACCAUAAGGCGCGGAUCAAUUAAGACAACUGUGACAGUUGAAAAAGCAAGUCCAGUGAGUGAAGGAAAUUUCCGGAAUCGAUCUGCUCCACCUUGCGCAAAUUCUACAGUUGGGGUUGUUAAGAUGACACCUCUUUCUUUCAUUCCUGGAGCAAAAAUAACUAAAUAUCUUGGGAUAAUUAACAUGUUUUUUAUUCGGGAAACCACUUCUUUACGUGAGGAAGGAGGAGUCAGUGGUUUUCUCCAUGCCUUUAUCGCCGAAGUGUUCGCAAUGGUGAGAGCUCACGUUGCUGCGUUAGGAGGGAAUGCUGUUGUCUCCUACAUAAUGAAGCAGUGUGUCUUCAUGGAGAAUCCAAAUAAGAACCAGGCACAGUGUCUUAUAAAUGUAAGUGGUGAUGCAGUGGUUUUUGUCCGUGAAUCUGAGUUAGAAGUGGUAUCAACUCAGCAACCUACUGCCAACUGCCAGUCGUCAUGUCCUGGAGAAGUUACAACCUGAAGUAAAUCAGGAAGAGCUCAGCUCAAUGAAAUGUACCUGUCUCCAUUGUUUUGUCAUUAUCUUCCUAGACUUAAACAAAAGUGGAACUUAAUUUGAGAUAAUUAAAAACUAAUUGAUACAUUAUGAGUAGAUUUGAUUUGUCUAGAAUCUCUUGGAGGCAUGAGAAUUUUCUAAUCUUGACAUUUUGUUUGCCAAGCCUCGAUAGGCCCCAGAGAACUACAGCAAAGGUGGAAGAGAUUUGUAAUUUAUGUUGAUUUUAAUAAAAUCAUAAUUUACAAAAUGAAAUUGAAAGAUCAUCAUGAAAGUAAGAUAGCUACCCUAGUGUACCUUAGAAAAGCUAAGCAAUGUAUUCACAAAUUGUUAAUGAAGAAAUAGUCUGAUUCAAGGGAUGUGUGGGAAAAUGGAGAAAAGUUUUCGGAAAACGAUGUGGGUUUCUUAAUAUGUUUUAUUUUGAUGAGGAAUUUGUUCACAGCUGAAAAGGAGCAGCGUUUCAGCCACCUUUGAAAAGGAAGUUAAAAUGCUGCAGCCUGUGUCCACGAUCUGUCUAAGCUACUUUACAAGAAGACAGAUGAUCAUUGCCAGUGUCCUUUUACUGAAAGUUUUAAUGAUAUCUCUAAGAAAGGAGGAAAGUAAAUUAUUAUAUAACAUCAUUAGUGUCCAAUUUCAGUUGGUGCUUAAUUUCCUAGAAGAGGCUUGGCUUCAAUAGGAAAGAAAGGUCAGAGAAUUUUCUUGAAAUAGUUAAAAUAUAAUUGAUCUAAUAGGAACAUAAGAUUAUUUUCUAAUAAAAUAAUAAUGCACUUCUACCUUAUAGAAUUUUAGUAAUAUCUUAGGGAUUUUUGAUCGCAGGUUAGACUGUAUUUGGCAAAGAAUUUGGAAAUGUAACUUGAACGUAAAUAUGCUGCAAAAUGUUGAAUGUAUACAUAGGAAUACUUUUUCUGUCAAUGCCAAAUACUUGUUAGAGAUGAAUCUUAAAAAGUACAUCCUUCCUUUGCACAAUGAAAUUUCAUUAUAAAACUCAUGAUUUUGCUUUCCCAGGAUAACAAACUGCCCUAAAGAUUAGGAGUCAUUUUCUUGUUAUCACAGGUGUCAAUAUUUUUUCUGUAUUUUGUUUAUAAUUUUAUUUUUUAAAUAAAAAGUUUAUAAA